GCCCGGUUGGAGGAGAAAGUCAGGCUUCUGAGAGAAAUCAUGGUCCUGAUGCUGGACGACGAGGCUGCUUUUUCGUUUCCUGUCAAGGCGUCUGUGCUGGACGAGGCGGGAGAGCUGAGACACUACGAGUACUGUGUCAAGGUAUUCAACUCGUACAAGCUGUUCAUCAAGUACCUGCUCAUCCACACCAACGGCAAACGGGUUCCACGGGAGUUUCUCAAGGCCUUCGAAGGAGAGAGAGGGUACCAGCCGCUGGAGAACUUCAAUGCGGUGUACGCCACCAUUCUCAAGAAGCGCAACAACUACACCGACACCAUGACCCGGAGACUUGCCAACGGUUCUGUGAUGGUCAACGGGUUCAUCUUCACCCCGCAGCUCAUCGCCAGCCUGUACAAGAAGCUCAAGGACGAGUACAACCAGGGUGUCUCCGACCUCAACGCCUAAAUCCAGGUGGUGGGUGUCGAGAGGUGCCACGGCCAGUUGAGAGGCAGGUACCAGUACAAGCAUGAGUCCAGUUUCUACUCGUGUUUCCCUGCGUCGGACAUGAACGCCUUGGUGGCCGACACCAACAUCUCGUUCAUCGACGACACCAACAGGGAGAAGGUUUUU